AUGAGGCCGCGGCCCGACGGAAGGGCGCUCCGGGCGGGAGCCGCGCUGUCUCCCGCUCUGCUGCUGCUGCUGCUCCUGCCGCCGCCUCCGCUGCCCGGGCGUCUGUGGGCCGCAGGGACGCCCGCCCCCUUGUCGUCGUCUUCGGUGCCCGGGGCUCGGCUGGACGGCACGCCUGGCACGGGCCGCGUGAAGCGUGGCUGGGUGUGGAACCAGUUCUUCGUGGUGGAGGAGUACACGGGCACCGAGCCCCUGUACGUGGGCAAGAUCCACUCGGACUCAGACGAGGGUGACGGGGCCAUCAAGUAUACCAUCUCAGGCGAGGGCGCCGGGACCAUCUUCCUGAUAGACGAGCUGACAGGCGACAUCCAUGCCAUGGAACGUCUGGAUCGUGAGCAGAAAACCUUCUACACGUUGCGGGCCCAGGCUCGGGACCGUGCCACCAACCGCCUGCUGGAGCCCGAGUCAGAAUUCAUCAUCAAGGUGCAGGACAUCAACGACAGUGAGCCGCGUUUCCUGCAUGGCCCCUACAUCGGCAGCGUGGCUGAGCUCUCUCCCACAGGCACAUCUGUGAUGCAGGUGAUGGCCUCGGAUGCAGAUGACCCCACUUACGGCAGCAGCGCCCGGCUGGUAUACAGUGUGCUGGAUGGCGAACGCCACUUCACUGUGGACCCCAAGACCGGCGUGAUCCGGACCGCUGUGCCUGACCUUGACCGGGAGAGCCAGGAGCGCUACGAGGUGGUGAUUCAGGCCACAGACAUGGCGGGGCAGCUGGGUGGCCUGUCAGGCUCCACCACCGUCACCAUUGUGGUCACCGAUGUCAACGACAACCCACCUCGCUUCCCACAGAAGAUGUACCAGUUCAGCAUCCAGGAGUCUGCACCCAUUGGCACAGCUGUGGGACGGGUGAAGGCUGAGGACUCAGAUGUGGGCGAGAACACGGACAUGACUUACCAGCUGAAGGAUGAAAGUGGCAGCAGCGGCAGCGUGUUCAAGGUCACCACGGACAGCGACACUCAGGAGGCCAUCUUAGUCCUACAGAAGCGCCUGGACUUUGAGUCUCAGCCCGUGCACACCGUGGUCCUGGAGGCCCUCAACAAGUUCGUGGACCCCCGCUUCGCAGACCUCGGCACGUUCCGCGACCAGGCGAUCGUGCGCGUGUCCGUGACCGACGUGGACGAGCCCCCCGAGUUCCGGCCGCCCUCCGGCCUCCUGGAGGUGCAGGAGGACGCGCAGGUGGGCUCCCUGGUCGGCGUGGUGACGGCGCGGGACCCCGACGCCGCCAACCGGCCCGUCCGGUAUGCCAUUGACCGUGACUCGGAUUUGGAGCAGAUCUUCGACAUUGAUGCGAAUACGGGUGCCAUCAUAACUGGCAAGGGGUUGGACCGCGAGACAGCUGGCUGGCACAACAUCACUGUGCUGGCCAUGGAAGCAGACAAUCAUGCGCAGCUAUCCCGGGCAUCCCUAAGGAUCCGGAUCCUCGAUGUGAACGACAAUCCCCCAGAACUAGCCACGCCCUAUGAGGCAGCUGUGUGUGAGGAUGCCAAGCCAGGCCAGCACAUCCAGACCAUCAGUGUGGUGGACAGAGAUGAGCCCCCGGGGGGUCACCGCUUCUAUUUCCGCCUGGUGCCCGAGGCACCCAGCAACCCUCAUUUCUCUCUGCUUGACAUCCAGGACAACACAGCUGCAGUGCACACGCAGCAUGUGGGCUUCAACCGGCAGGAGCAGGACGUGUUCUUCCUGCCCAUCCUUGUGGUGGACAGCGGGCCGCCCACGCUCAGCAGCACGGGCACACUCACCAUCCGCGUCUGCGGCUGUGACAGCUCUGGGGCCAUCCAGUCGUGCAACACCACAGCCUUCGUCAUGGCGGCCUCCCUCAGCCCCGGCGCCCUCAUCGCCCUCUUGGUCUGUGUCCUCAUCCUGGUCGUACUGGUGCUGCUGAUCCUCACCCUCAGGCGCCACCACAAGAGCCACCUGAGCUCAGACGAGGACGAGGACAUGCGGGACAACGUCAUCAAGUACAACGACGAGGGCGGCGGCGAGCAGGACACAGAGGCUUACGACAUGUCGGCGCUGCGCAGCCUCUACGACUUCGGCGAGCUCAAGGGCGGAGACGCGGGCGGCGGUGGUGGGGGCGCGGGCGGAAGCGCAAGCAGCCCCCCGCAGGCGCGCCCGUCCUCGGAGCGUCACUCGCUCCCGCAGGGGCAGCCGAGCCCCGAGCCGGACUUCUCGGUGUUCAGGGAUUUCAUCAGCCGCAAGGUGGCGCUGGCGGACGGGGACCUCUCGGUACCGCCCUACGACGCCUUCCAGACCUACGCCUUCGAGGGCGCGGACUCGCCGGCCGCCUCCCUCAGCUCGCUGCACAGCGGUUCGUCGGGCUCCGAGCAGGACUUCGCCUAUCUCAGCAGCUGGGGCCCGCGCUUCCGGCCUCUGGCCGCUCUCUACGCCGGCCACCGCGUGGACGACGAGGCCCAAGCCUCCUAG